UUGGGCCGAGGGAGGGGACCGGGAGCCCCAGGGCCGCCUCGGUACCGGAGCUCAGACUCGGGGGUCUCCUGGGCGAUGGCCCGGCCGCGCAGGGGUUGAGCGGCGCGGGGAACCUCCGGGGGCAUUCGUCACCCCCAGCCCGCGUAGGCGGGACACUGAGAGCUCACCGGGGCUACGGGCGGCGGGGAACACCUGCCCGGCGGGGGUCCCGGACCCGCGGAGCAGAGUCGCUACUCUCCCUGCUCCGCCACGAUGGCUUCCAGCGGGGACGAGACGAGCAGCGGCUCCCCGGGCCAGGCAGGCACUGGUACCGAAUCGCCCUGCCCGGAACCGGCUGUGGCCGGCACCGCUCAGCUGGACAGCGCAGAGGAUUUCGAGGUUCUAGAGGAGGACGAGGACGACCUGAGUGAGCUGCCACCACUGGAGGACAUGGGACGGGCGCGGGGACCACUGCAGGAGGACUCCCAGUCCUCAGAGCAAGGCCCAGGGGGAGCAGCUGACGAUCCCCAGGAAUGGCUCGAUGUCUUGGGGAGCGGCUUGCUGAAGAAGAAGACACUCAUGCCAGGUCAGGGGGUGGAGAGCCGCCCCCGCAAGGGCCAGGAGGUGACUGUCCGUCUGAGGGCCACGCUGGAGGAUGGCAGUGUGGUGGAGGAGAACCCCCGCCUCACCUUUACCCUGGGAGACUGCGAUGUAUUGCAGGCUCUGGACCUCUGUGUACAGCUUAUGGAGAUGGGAGAAACGGCUUUGAUCAUGUCAGAUGCCAAGUACUGCUAUGGUGCACAGGGCAGGAGCCCCGACAUCCCACCCAACGCGGCCCUCACACUGGAGGUGGAGCUGCUGGAGGCUCAGGAUGCACCAGACCUGGAGCUGCUCAGUGGGAAGGAGAAGAUAGGCCUGGCCAACCGCAAGCGGGAGCGUGGUAACUUCUACUACCAGCAGGCAGAUUAUGUGCUGGCCAUCAAUUCCUAUGAUAUCGCUCUCAAAGUCAUCAGCUCCAGCUCAAAAGUUGAUUUUACCCCAGAUGAGGAGGCUGAGCUGCUGGACGUGAAGGUGAAAUGUCUCAACAAUCUGGCAGCCUCUCAGCUUAAACUGGACCAUUAUGAGGCAGCCCUGAAGUCCUGUAACCUUGUUCUGGAGCAUCAGCCAGGGAACAUCAAGGCACUUUUCCGAAAGGGCAAGGUCCUGGCCCAGCAGGGCGAGUACAGAGAGGCCAUCCCCAUCCUAAAGGCGGCUUUGAAGCUGGAGCCUUCAAACAAGACCAUCCAUGCCGAGCUCUCAAAGCUGGUGAAGAAGCACGCGGACCAGAAGACGGUGGAGACAGAGAUGUACAGGAAGAUGCUUGGGAAUCCCGGCACCGGCAGUGCCCCGGUGAAGUGCAAAGACAAGCUGCCCUGGUCCAUCCCCUGGAAGUGGCUCUUCGGUGCGACAGCCAUCGCGCUUGGUGGUGUGGCCCUAUCUGUGGUCAUCGCGGCAAGGAACUGAGGACGGCGGUGGGGGGCCCGGCGCUGGGAUGUGCCUCGCUCCUGCCAGGGUGUCCAUGGGGCUCCGCUCCCCUCCCGCUUCCCUGUGGACUCGCGGUACAGAUGCUCUCCUGGCAGGAGGUACCACGUCCCCCCCACCCUGACCAUCACCCCCACACCUCGUCCUGUUGGGGACAGAGCCGCAGGCAAAGCAGAGACCCCGCAGCCCUGAGUGCGUCAGGGGCAGCCUGACCUCCUGCGAGUGCUGCACGCAGUGACUGUUCCCAGCAGUGGGACCCGGGGAGGAUGCAGCGGGCCCCGGCGCUGCUGUGAUCCUGGCACAAGGCUGCUGGAGGAAGCUGGCUGGGUGUGAGCCCACUCUAAGGGACGUGGGGUGGAUGUGCCUGGGGCACGUGCAAUGAGAUUCCCCCUGAGCUGAGGGGCUGCCGGGGAGCCCCAGCUCUGCCCUCCCCCUCCCCGCUCAGCAUUUCCCCAGAGCGUGCAAUGCCCACAGAAAGCCAAAGAACCCCGUGGAGUGAAGGACACAGAGAGAAGCACCAUAGCCUGUGUCCAAGCUGAUCAUGUAGGUCCGGCCCUGCGGGGUCCCCCUUCCUGCCCUGCAGUUCCCCCCAGCCAUGGGCCCACAGCCGCCAGCCCCGCUCUCAGCUCCGCUCCCAGGGGCCGUACGCACUGUCCCCCGACCCCGAACCAACUGUGAACUCCCAAUAAAGGACAAUUCGUGCA